UUCAACUUCUAAAUGAAGCCUUUUGACUAAAGAAGCUAGUUUAUUUGGUAUAUCAAAUUACAUGAGAAGUAUUGUCAAAGAAGAUGAUAAACCUUCUUAGGUUGUAUUGGAUAGGUAAAUGCUAUAGCUGUUCCAGAAAUUAUAUUAAAUUCCUGGUGAAUGUUUUCAUAUAUCCUCAUGUAAUGUCAUUACUUGUAAUUUAAAUUACUGAAGUGUCACAGACAAAUUGCAUUGUGAUGACAAAUAACUGAUAUCUUUAAGAUCUUAAAACUAGACCAUGAAUUUCCAGAGCUAAUAGGAAAACUGCAUUGUUUUUUGUGGAGAUAAAGGGGACUUUAGAGAGAAGUUAUGUUUCAGUAGUACACCUUGGUGGAUGUUAGAUUGCAGUUCUUAUGAACUAUCUUUGAGUGUUUGUUGUUUUCCUAAAAAACUGGUCUGGAUCCUAAAUUCUUCUGUUUUUCUCAAAUAUCUGGCUAAGACUCUCCAAACUAAGGUUUCUAAUUUUCUCCUUUUCUCUUCACUUGGAAUCAUUGAGAACUAACAUUCCCCUUUUUCUCGAAGCCCGGCAAAACUGAAGCUAGACACCUUGAGGUAAACUUGAGAGAAAAUUACCACAACAGCCCAUGUUUAGGCAGUCUUCAUACCUGUUCUGUAUGGGCCACUCACAUCACCAGAGACAUACAGAUAAUUGAACAAGUUUAUUCCAGCGGUCCUCAUUUGACAGAUCUGCCUUUGGAAAAUCAAGAUAAUGAGAUGUUCACAGAAGCAGUUUUAGGGAUCAAGGAUAAAGAAGAGCGCUGGAUGCAGUGGUAACCAAUCAGUUUAUUAUUCAUUGCCAAGAUCACCAGAAAUCAGACUGCUUGGCUGCCCAAGGGAACAGGUGGGCAUAUCAAGCUGCCAAGCUGGCAAUUCAGACAAAGAUUCCAAAACCCUCUGUAAUGGCUUUUGUACAAGACAUAGACUUAACUAAAUACCAACCCCAGUAUUCUGAAGACCCGAGAAGAGCUGAAGAAUGGCAUUUUGGACACAUUACUGGCACUAAAGGCAUCUGGAAAUACAAUGAACAGGAGAUAAUCCUUAUUCUAGAACAUCUCAUGGAAAAAAACAGUCCUAUUCACCAAAGCACCCAAAAUGGGAGAGAUUGUUACUCUUCCAUGGAUCAAGAAGUACAUUGUGGGUCCCAAUCUUGAGAGAACUAUCAGAAAGUCCAAAAAUGUGACGUUUGUAAUGAAAACCUGACUGGGUUCCCACCAUUUAUAAAAGGUAUGCACUUAGAGUCUCAAACCUGAAGAAGACUGGCAGGUAGACUUUAGUAUGAUGCCACAAACAACAGGUAAUUUUUGACAUUUGCUAGUAUUUGUAGACCCCUCUUACAAAUUAGGUUGAAACUUUUCCAUGCCAUUCAGAGAAGGCAUCAGAAGUUAUCAGAAUACUUCUAAACAAAAUCAGUUCUAGAUUUGGAUGGCUGCUAACAAUUUUGAGUAACAGCGGAGAGGUAUAUGUGGCAAAAGUCAUUAAGGAGCGUCCAGUGUGUUGGGCAAACAAUGAAAAUUAUAUGCUUCGUGCGGAAAUAGAAGAUCAACUGAGAAAACAGAAAAAUGAACCAUAUGCUUAAAAGAACUUUGGCAGAAAUUUGCAGAGAGACCAAUUCAACUUGGGGAAAAAGCCUCGUGGGUUGCCCUGCUUUGGAUAAGAGUGGCCCCUAGUGAUAAGCUUGGUUUAAGCCCCUAUAAAAUGUUCUGUGGAAAACCCUUUCUACAUUCUUUUUUAUGACUUAAGAGUUCCUGAUGGGAACACAUUAGGGAAUUGGAUACUAUCAAGUAUGUUCAAUUUUUGGGAAAUACUUAACUGCUAUACAUAAGUUUACUUCCAGCAGAUUGAUGUGUGCCCCAAAGAUGUGUCCUUAUACCACCUGAAUCCUGGAGACUUGGUGUUAUUGAAGACCUAGGAGAGCAAGCACCCAGAGGACCGACUCCAACCUUGUUGGAAAGGACCAUCUGUGGUGCUGUUGACCACCCAUUCUCCAGUGAAACUAAAGGGACUUAAGCCAUGUAUUCACCACACAAGUGAAGCUGCUUCCAUAAGAAUCCACAGGUUCCCUAUACCCUCAGCAAGGAGAACAUUGAAAAGAACCCUGCUUGGGUCAGCGUGCCUCUGCCUGACCUAAAAACUAUUUAGAAAAGUUGGUUAUCAAUAUUUUGUAUUUUCCAAUUGUUUGUAACCUUUCAAGCUUGGAAAGAUAAUUCCACCAUUAGGAUUUCUCUGACGUUGGUCAAGGCUGACAGUGUUUGUCACUGUUGGAUGUAUCAUCCUGAGCCCAGCACAGGUACCACCAGAGCAACCCAGUAGUAACUGGGUUAUACCUAUAACCUUUCUCUGUCCCUUUCAUCUAAUUCAACUCACUUCGUCAGCUUAGAGUCAGGUUAAUCAAGUCAUUCAAUUAGCCAUAUUUCUUGGUUUCAAAUGAUAUCUUCAGUGAGUCUGCAGAAUGAAACUAUUGAUCCUCCUGAAUCAACAGGAGUGCUGUGUGCAUCCUCAGGUUACAUUUUGUAGGUGGAUAUACUUUUCUAGGGAAACCAAAGUACAAAAAAUCUUGGUAAUGCAGAAUGUUGGGUUUCAGUCGGAAUGUUGGAACUAAAGAAUAUUUCUAAAUGAGUGCAGAAAGGUUCCAGUCUACUAACUCUGAUGUUUGCCCCAUUUCAGUUCAAAAUAACUAGAGUGGUCAUGGUCUCAGAUCCCUCAAGAAGGAGGAAUGAUUAAAAGACAGUGGGGAUUGAAACAGGUAACCAUAGGUUAACAGGACUAGUAAGUGUAGCUGCAGCUUUUUAUCCAGACCUGGUUUUGUUUGCCUUUAAACAUCGCUGACUGUCAAGCAGGCUGGAGGCUUGCUCUCCCAUCUUCUUGUCUUGUUUGAUGACCUCUCAAACCCUUUCCUUGCCGUAUACUUGAUGUUGUUCAGCGAUCGGCUUUGCUGCGCUUUGGACAUGCGAACUUGUUUGGCUACACGUGGAGUCAUAUAUUUGCCUGACCAAAAUACAUGUAUGUUUUAUUCCCACCACUGGUACCUUACUCAUUUGACAGUGAGAUAAUGUGCACUGAAUAAACCACAAGACAUUUACAUAUCCGAUGAAUGGAGCAACACUGACUAAGGAUAUCUUCUUUCACUAGCAUCUUCUAUUGGAAAAUCCAGACCCACCCCUCCCCUUUUUAAGAAAUAAAACAUUGCAGAUGCAAUGCAAUGCAUUUGACUCCCUCUUCCUGAAAAGUAACCAUUCCAGACUGUAAUCAUCCCCAUGCUAAGUUCUUGCCACCUGUAUAUACACACCGUAAAAGAAAAAUAGAAAUGAAGGUACACAUGCACACAAAAUUUUGCCUCAUUUGUUUGCUGACAUUUAUUUUCCAUCACUGCAACCAUUGCCAUGAAGAACAUGACCAUGGUUCUGAAGAACAUCACAGACAUCGUCGUGGAAUGACAGAAUCGGAGUCAAGCAAAUUUUCAGUGCUGGAUGCUGAAAAUGAAAAAAAAUACUAUAUUGAAAAACUUUUUGACCGUUAUGGUGAAAAUGGAAGAUUAUCCUUUUUUGGUCUGGAGAAACUUCUAACAAACUUGGGCCUUGGAGAGAUAAAAGUAGUUGAGAUUAAUCAUGAGGAUCUUGGCCAUGAUCAUGUUUCUCAUUUAGAUAUUUUGGCAGUUCAAGAGGGAAAGCAUUUUCACUCUCAUAACCAUCAGCAUUCCCACAAUCAUUUAAAUUCAGAAAAUCAAACUGUGACAAGUGUAUCAACAAAAAGAAACCAUAAGUGUGAUCCAGAGAAAGAGACAAUUGAAGUAUCUGUCAAAUCUGAUGAUAAACAUAUGCAUGACCGUAACCAUCGCUUAUGUCAUCACCAUUGUUUGCACCACCACCUUGAGCAUAACACCACUCGCCAUUUUCCUAAUGAUUCCAUUGCUCACAGUGAGCGUGGGGAGCCUAGCCAUGAACCCUCCACAGAGACCAAUAAAACACAGGAACAAUCUGAAAGUAAGCUACCAAAAGGAAAGAGGAAGAGAAAAGGGAAGAAAAGUAACGAAAAUUCUGAGGUUAUUACGCCAGGUUUCCCCCCCAACCAUGAUCAGGGUGAACAGUAUGAACACAAUCGGGUUCACAAACCUGAUCGUGUACAUAACCCAGGUCAUUCUCACGUACGCCUUUCAGAACAUAAUGGUCAUGAUCCUGGUCAUGGACACCAAGAUCUUAAUCCUGAUAAUGAAGGUGAACUUCGACAUACCAGGAAGCGAGAAGCACCACAUGUUAAAAAAAGUGCAAUUUAUUCAGCUGCUACUCACAAAGAUCAUAACGAAGAUGACCGCCAACAUGAGUGCUUGAACGUCACUCAGUUGUUAAAAUACUAUGGUCAUGGUGCCAAUACUCCGAUCUCACCUGAUUUAUUUACAUACCUUUGCCCUGCUUUAUUAUAUCAAAUCGACAGCAGACUUUGUAUUGAGCAUUUUGACAAACUUUUAGUUGAAGAUUUAAAUAAAGAUAAAAAUCAGGUUCCUGAAGAUAAGGCACAUAUAGGGGCAUCAGCAUGGAUUUGUGGCAUCAUUUCUAUCACUGUCAUUAGCCUGCUUUCCUUGCUAGGCGUGAUCUUGGUUCCCAUCAUUAACCAAGGAUGCUUCAAAUUUCUUCUCACAUUCCUUGUUGCACUAGCGGUAGGAACAAUGAGUGGAGAUGCCCUUCUUCAUCUACUGCCCCAUUCUCAGGGUGGACAUGACCACAGUCAUCAACAUGCACAUGGGCAUGGACAUUCUCAUGGACAUGAAUCUAAGAAGUUUUUGGAAGAAUAUGAUGCUGUAUUAAAAGGACUUGUCGCUCUAGGAGGCAUUUACUUGUUAUUUAUCAUUGAACACUGCAUUAGAAUGUUUAAGCACUACAAACAGCAAAGAGGAAAACAGAAAUGGUUUAUGAAGCAGAGCACAGAAGAAUCAACUAUUGGAAGGAAGCUUUCAGAUCAUAAGUUAAAUAAUACACCAGACGCUGACUGGCUUCAGCUCAAGCCUCUUGCCGGAACUGAUGACUCGGUCGUUUCUGAGGAUCGACUUAAUGAAACUGAACUGACAGAUUUAGAAGGUCAGCAAGAAUCCCCCCCUAAAAAUUAUCUUUGUGUGGAAGAGGAGAAAAUCAUGGACCAUUCUCACAGUGACGGUUUACAUACUAUUCACGAGCACGACCUCCACGCUGCCACACACAACCACCACGACGAGAGUAAGACUGUGCUGAGGAAACACAACCAUCAGUGGCACCACAAACAUUCCCACCAUUCUCAUGGGCCCUGUCAUUCUGGGUCUGAUCUGAAGGAAACCGGCAUUGCUAACAUAGCUUGGAUGGUCAUCAUGGGGGAUGGCAUCCACAACUUCAGUGAUGGGCUCGCGAUUGGAGCAUCGUUCAGUGCUGGAUUGACUGGAGGAAUCAGUACUUCGAUAGCUGUGUUCUGUCAUGAACUGCCACAUGAGUUAGGUGACUUUGCAGUUCUUCUUAAAGCGGGCAUGACUGUCAAGCAAGCAAUUGUAUACAACCUGCUCUCUGCCAUGAUGGCUUACGUAGGCAUGCUUAUAGGCACAGCGGUGGGUCAGUAUGCCAAUAACAUCACGCUUUGGAUCUUUGCAAUCACUGCAGGCAUGUUCCUUUACGUCGCCUUGGUGGAUAUGCUUCCAGAAAUGUUGCAUGGUGAUGGUGACAAUGAAGAACAUGGCUUUUGUCCAGUGGGACAGUUCAUUCUUCAGAAUUUAGGAUUGCUGUUUGGAUUUGCCAUCAUGCUGGUGAUCGCCCUCUAUGAAGACAAAAUUGUGUUUGACCUCCAGUUUUAACCAUUCCCGGUCACCAUUGUGGAUUAUGAGAAUGUUCCCAUGCCGCUGUGCAUCUAUCUGUUCCUAGUGCUGUGUGCACAUUUUGCUCAAAGAAAAGUCAGUGGCUUGCACUACUUACAAGUUCCAUAGAUCUGAGCCUAACUGCAAAAGACUGGUGCUCAGGACUGCUUUUCCCUGUGUGAAGGGGGGGUCUUUUAAAAAUACAAAGCUUGUGAUAAAGGAGAAAAUGGGACUCCAUGAAGCAAUGUUGAUAUAGGUUUGAUUAAGACUUUUAAAAGAAUAAUCAUAUAAAACACUAAAGUAGUCUCUUUGGUAGUAGAAACUUCUGUGGCUAUGCAGAAAUAGAAAUUGAACCAAAAAAAAUCACUUAAACUUUAAAAAUAUUUUAAAUGGACUUCGGACAGACUUUUCUUUGUGCUAAAAAUGAAUUGUAGCAUCCUUUAAUUCAGUUACAUAUAUACAUAAGGUAAUGGGGAUCAACUUGAUACAAUUUUGAAACUGCAUAAAGUAGGCUGUAGGAACUAGAGGAAAGCUCAGGCUGCAUUAGAGUAUGAAUUUAGCAUUGGGAAAAGCCCUUAUUCUUGAAUCUAGAGUUACUAUUUUUGUAUAUAUUGGCAUAGUGUUUAAACUUGCAGCCUAAACUACUGAAAUCUGUGAUUGUAUGUUUGUGUGAGCUUCAGUUUAAUGAAAGAUUCAUAAUGGUUCUUUGUAUUAAUAUUAUACUUGGUGUUUGGGUGUUUUUUUCUUUCAAACUUUAAUUUUGAUUUUGUUUUGGGAUUUUUGGUGGGGGUAGGGGGUUGGAGCAUGUGGCAAAAUGUUUUUUCAUUCAAAGUGUAACCCCUCUAGGAAAUAUCAGAACAAAGAAGAGCCCAAACCUGAUCUACAUGUUCAGUUCUACUUUAACAGUACUAACUAGGUAUUUGGGAAAUUUAAGUUUGAAAUGGAUACAUUGCUUUACCAGCUUGGCUUUGGAACCUAGAGCACAUGCUGAGACUGGCAGUGAGGUAAGGCAGAAACCCCACGCUUGCCAUGUCCUAAUCUGUAUGUCAGUUCAAAUGGUUAUGAGGAGAAGCACCUUCCAUACCAUGGCUGGCGUGGUACCAAGUGACUCGGAAGAUACAUUUAAAUAACUCCACUAAAAUCGCUUAAUCAUUUUGUGCCAAGGUAUGCUGUUGGUGCCUCAUAGGGGUUGGUCUCUUUUAUAGGUGCCCCGUUCUACCAUAAUUGAGUGAUUUGUGAUAAGUGCAAGCCAUGUUUAUCCUGAAUUUUGACCCAAUAAUUUGUAGAACUAGUCACAUUGCAUGUAGCUUUCUGUUGACGUCUUGUGCCACACGGUCUUCAGUCAUGCCCGGCAAACUGUAUUUGAACUAUGUGCAGGCAGCUUGGUUUUAAUCUGCUUGGCUACUAUCAGUGCGGCUGCUGUAAAAAUCUUACUGUUCAAAUAUUUAAGAGCCAAACUCUUUCCAUUCCAUUUACCAUGUUUUCGUUUCGUCCUCCUUUUCCACAGCCCCUUUCCUGUUUCUUCAUGAACUUUAAACAAAAGAAUAAAACUUCAAGAGCAGCACGGGUUUUCAGGUAUUAAGAGUAUUGCCAGUGUUUCUUCUUUUGUGCCGUAAGUAGGAACCUUAGGUGUUCCUUCCUUCAUUUGUGCCUGAAUUUGAAAAAUUAAGGCUGGCUUUCCUCACGGCCUCCUGUAACAUGUAGGAGUUUUUGUUACAUAGACUAUCUCAGCACUGGGCACUGAAUUAGGACAGCCUUCAUCUCAUUGCUUGGCCUUUCAGGCAACCUAGUUAAAAGGUGCUGUUAUUUUAUUUAGUACUGCCAACUUCGAGUGAUUAUAUAUCUUGGUUCAGAAAGCAAGAUAAUUUUAGCUCACUUUUGCAUUUUGUACCCAAGGAAGAUUCUGCAUUCUGGCAUUAAAUCUGCUUAAUUUUAAAACGUUUUUGAAAAGCAACAGCUGGAAUAUACUCCCAGUCUUAAAGGUCUGAUUGAAAGCAAACAGGUUCUGCUGAAGUAUAUAAAGUUUUAUAGUCUCUCAAAAAUAGUAUUAUAUUAUCUUCAUUUGCUGGAGUUUUUUAAACCUAUUAAGAGGGCUGUAACAGUUGCUGCUAGUAUUUUGUAGGGUUCCACCAGUAUUUCAUUUUCACAUUAUUCUAAUGUAUAGUUUCAAGUCUUAGCAGACAAUCUGAAUUCCACUACAUUUCUGUUUGGCUCCAACAUUCCAUUUAGCUUGACCAGUCUAAUUUAACAUGUGUUUGUUGGAGGUCAUUAAUGUUACUUGUACAAAGCUGUCACUGUGUGACAUCCAUAUGAAUUUUGGUAUAUAUCACAUUGCAUUCAAUCAGCUGUGAUUAUGCGUAGAAAUACAAUAGUAACUAGAUGCAGUGUGAAUUUUUUCCAUUAACAGUAAGUCAGUGGCUUAAAUAUGAUUAUGGUCCUGCAAGGUGAUACUUGCUAAAAUAUCUAAACUUUUUUUUGUUGUUGUAACUGAAUCAUUUUUUAAAAAAUUUAUAAAGCUGGAAAUGAUCAAAUGCUGUUUUUUUCAUUGUCAACAGUGGUGUGUCAUUUUAUGUAUGUUCCUAAUGCUUAUGGAACUCUCCCAAAAUAAAGUUAUUCAAAAAGAGCAAA